AUGCCUCUAACAAAGUCCUUUUCGGAACCAAACAGAGGGCUCAAGCGGCCACAAUGGCAGAGAUCCAAAAGCAACCCCGCGUCACGAACCAAUGGACCAUCGGCUCCUUUACCUCCCCUGCCCGUGUCGACGAAGACAAAGAGCAAGCUUCAGGCUUUCCAGUUCGAGGCACCACCCGAUGUUGACGCCAAGGAUGCGCUGUCGAAGCACGCCUCGCCGCCCGCGCCGAAUAGGGUCAUCGACGCGGUGACACCCGCCGGCCGCACCGCAUGGCAGGACCUGCUCACCAAGCCCGAGGCGCCGCAGCAUGAUGAGGAUCUGUCCCCUGGUGAGCGCAUUCUGUGGCGCAACGACCACGAUAUCGGCCCUUCCGUGGCCAUCUCUCCGCUGCUGCCGCGCAAGGGCCGGAAACGGGCAAGGAGUUCCUCGCCCAUUUCCUCGCCCGCUUCGAAAAAUGCCACCCCCGCCGUCGACGUCAAGAAGCUGGCCCAGGUCCUCGGGACGCCCCGUGCCGACCCCGCCCUGGAACUAUGGGACCGCUUUUCCGGUCCCGGGACCAACACCAGCCCUUCCGGCCUGACCAACCCUCUGCUUGCCCAGCUCAUGGUCUCGUCCUCGCCCCGCCCCAAGGAUGGUACCGCAUUGGGCACCGAGAGGCCCCUAAGGAAAGCGAUCAGCUGCGGCGCCCACUGGCCCAAGAGGAGGAAAUUUGAACGAGCCGACUCGGGCACGACAAGUGCCUCGGCUGCCGAGUUUCUGCCAGAUUCCAAGUCGUCCAUGGUCUCGGCCCUGCUGGAGACCGUCAACGGCGAGAUUGAGAAGUCGAAUUCGACCCAUACCAAUGCCAACGCCAACGCAUCUUUGGCGAAGAACAGGUCACCCUCGAGAAGAUCCCCAGCUACCAAGGGUUCCGACAGGCAAUCACCUUCACGACGACAGCAAGGGGGGAGCUCCCCGUUGGCAAAGAAGUCGACAAAAGCAGCAGGGGAAGAGGCCCUUGGUAGCAUGUUCUUGGUUGAUAAGGCAUCCUCGGAUUAUGGCGACGACGACUUCGACGAGGAAACGUUAUUGGAGCUUGAUGCAAGCAUUCUGGUGCAAGGAGACGACUCUACCAUGGUUGUGUCCUCGGAAGACUUGAACCAGCAAGCCCCACCGGUGCAGAAGGCACCUGACGACGGCUUUGGCGACUUUGACGAUGCCGACUCCUUUGACGGUGCCGAAGACUUGGUCGCCGAGGUGGAGGCGAAGCACGCGUCUCAGAACCUUCUCCAGGGACGACAGCUUCAACCGAUCGAGACUGGGGUGGCAGACGACGACGAAUACGGUGAUGAUUUUGACGGCGUCGACCUGGACGCCGUCGAGCUCGCAGCCACCCAGACAGCCGCCCAGCCCUUCUCAGCUAGUCCCACCCAGAAGCCCAAGGCGAUCCAACGAUACCUGGUCACCAACGUACUAGAAAGCUCGCAUGUCGAUGAGCAUGGGCGAGAGCACCCAGAGAAGAUUCUCCUUGUGCAAGCCGAGAGAACAAAAGCCGUCAGGACAGUCCACCUUCGAGGUGACUGGUAUGACACGCAAGCGAGCCCCAAAGCAUACGUCCAUAUCAUCGGCGCCUUUGAGCCUUCGGGGAGAUGCAUUAUCGACAACAACCGCAACAUUCUCAUCUUACAUCCUGAUCAGUUAGUCUCCUCUACCGUGGUGGCCGACUCCUUCACCUGCAUGCGCCGUGCCGUUCUCCAGGACCGGGUCAAGGCCACCAGUGAAGCCACUGCUCCGCUAGUCUACGGCACAAUCCUCCACGAGGUUUUCCAGGAGGCCCUGAUGGCAAACAACUGGGACUCGGACUUUCUGGAGUCUGUUAUCAGCACGGCCCUACGAAGGCACAUCGAAGACCUCUAUGUGAUUAAAGUCAGCUUCGAGGACGCCCAGUCCCAUGUGCUGUCCAAGAUGCCCGAGCUCAAGGCCUGGGCGCAGGCCUUUGUGGCGGCAAGUCCCAAGCCUGGCGCAUUUGUCCAAGGGAGGAACGGCGAGCGCGUCAAUAUGUGCGUGAGCAAGCUGCUCGACGUCGAGGAGCACGUCUGGUCUCCGAUGUACGGCCUGAAGGGCAACAUCGACGCCACCGUGCAGGUCACGAUGCGAGAGGGUAAAACGUCCCGGACUCUGACGGUGCCCUUCGAGGUCAAGACGGGCAAAAACGCCACGGCGAACCACCAAGCCCAGACGGUCCUGUACAAUCUUCUCCUCUCGGAUCGGUAUGACGUCGAGAUUGCCUACGGUGUUCUAUACUAUAUGGAGACCUCGCAGACCUUGCGGAUUCCUGCGGUAAGACACGAACUCCGCCACAUGAUCAUGCAGAGAAAUACUCUGGCCUGUUAUAUUCGAGAGAGGAGCGUCCAGCUGCCGCCGAUGAAGAGGAGCAAGAACGCGUGCGCGAGAUGCUACGCGCAAACGUCGUGCUUCACCUACCACAAGCUAGCCGACGGAGGCAAGGGCGAGACGAGCGGUCUCGACGAGAAGUUUGACGAGGUCGUCAAGCAUCUGACUCCCACCCAUCGAGACUUCUUCUUGAAGUGGGAAGACCUUCUCACCAAGGAAGAGAAGGAGUCGCAGAAGCUGCGCCGAGAGCUCUGGACCAUGGUCAGUACCGAGCGCGAGAAGCUGGGCCGUUGCUUCGCCAACGUCGUUAUCGAAGAAGGCUCCGCAUCCGAAGACAAGCACAAGGCCAAGAUUAACCGGUUCUCCUACACCUUCGUCAAGGAGAACCCGGCGCCUGGUUUCUCCUUCCUCGACUCGCAGCUGACCGUCGGGGAACCCAUCGUCGUUUCUGACGAGCAGGGCCACUUCGCGCUCGCGCUCGGUUACGUAACUGCCGUCAAGAAAAACCGGAUCAGCGUGGCUGUGGACAGACGACUCCACAACGCGCGCAUCCGGCAGCCAGGUUUCGACGAGGUCGACAACCAGGUCUUCGCAAGCAUCAUGGAAGUCGCCCCGGAGGGGGGGAACCCAUUACAGAGCCAGGGCAAGAUCAGGGAGGCCCCGAUCCGUUACCGACUCGACAAGGACGAGUUCAGCAACGGUAUGUCCACCGUGCGGAACAACCUCGUGCAGAUCAUGGCCGAUGGCCCGUUUGGGUCCGCAGAGAUUCGCCGGCUCGUCGUCGACCUCGUGCCGCCGAGGUUCAAGACAACUCCAACCCAGUACACCGUCCCCGGAAGGGAUAGCCUGAAUGUCGACCAGAAGGCAGCAGUCGAGAAGGCCCUCCGCCAUGCCGUCCUGGACAUACCAAACAUGGACGCCCUGCGCGCCCGCCACUUCGACGCGGCCUCCUUCAUCUCCCACUCUCAGUCCCGGACCCAACUCAGCCCGUCCAAGAAAACUCCCGUAUCCUUUUGCCCGGGGCCCCGGCCGGGAACCUGUUGGCUCGCCGAUCUGCUCCAACCCUCCGCGCGCGUCCGCCUCGUCAACACCGACGCCCUGCUCCCAGCCUCGCGCGAGCAGGCCAAAGGCAACCGCAUCGUCAACCCCUGCGAGGCCCGCAUCGUUGCCCAGCUCGUCGACGCCCUGCUCGCCGUCGGCGUGCCCGCGUCCGAGAUCGGCAUCGUAACGCACUAUCGCUCGCAGCUGGCGCUGCUGAAGCACACGCUUCUUCGGUCCGCGGCCGCCGCCACUGCUGCUGCGAUUGGGGGCGGCGAUAUCCGGGAGGUGGAGAUGCACACGGCCGACCGGUUCCAGGGCAGGGACAAGCAGGUGGUCAUCCUGAGCCUGGUCCGGAGCAACGAGCAGUGCGCGAUCGGCGAGCUGCUCAAGGACUGGAGGAGGAUCAACGUCGCCUUCACGCGCGCCAAGACCAAGCUGCUCGUCGUCGGGAGCCGCUCCACGCUCGGCGGCUGCGGCGAGGACGAGAUGCUGGCCCGCUUCGUCGGCCUGAUGGAGCAUCGCGAGUGGGUGUACGACCUGCCGCCGGACGCGCUCGAGGCGCACUACUUUGGGGAAGAAGGCGGCGCCGGCGCUGCCGCCGCCACGAAUAAGGGUGGUGACGCAGUUGAGGAGGAGAAUGGAAGUGGGUUGUGCAAGGGGGGAAAUGGGCCCGGGAGGAAGGGGCUGCUGCUGUUCCCACCCGGUUCCGAUGGGAAGAGCGCGGUCGAGGGAAAGGAGAACCAGCCGUCGGUUCAGACGGGAAGGACCGUGGAACCUAAGAAGGUCGCGAGGAUCGGGGAGCGGGCACUGCUCAGGGGCAGGCCGGUGUUGCGGGAUAUUUUGAACGAUAUGAUGGACGGCGGGUAUUGA